AUGGCUUCAAUUGCGGCCAUUGAAGUUGAGAGUGCUGUCUUGCAACCUACACCUGGAGGUAUUGACCCAUCUGUCAAGAAAUCGAUGUCAAAUCCAGAUGAUCUAGGUAUAAUCCCCCCUGUUUCUUUUUCUACACCCUCUAAAUCUCCGUGCACAACAAAUUCAAUGUUUGUUGAAGUGCCGACACCUGUUAAGAUCCUUAAUUUUGACGAUAUGGGGAAUUUAGAGGAUGGUGGUUGGGUUUCGGAAGAAGAAGAGGUAGUUGAGGGACAAGAUUCUCCUCAUCAGCCAGAAAACAUGGAUGAUAUGGCAACAGUCCCACCACCAUCUCCCACCACCACCACCACAACCAUCUGCCACCACCUCAUUCUUCACCGUCCACCUGCCACCGCCACCACCCGCAACCCACCUGCCAUCAACACACCUAGCACCAUCACCACCAACAACACCCACCGCCCCACCCCCACCAUCUAUCACCGUCCACCAACCUCCUACCACCACCACCACCACAACCACUUCGUCGCCGCCCACCCCAACCCUAACCGAACACCCACAAACACCCAAAAAUUUCAACCUUUCAACUGGAAAUUACCUUCACAGGUGGUUAUCCACAAAUGGCGAGCUUAG